AUGGGGACGGUUCAAGUGGUCGGAUCUCCUGGCUCCAACACUGCAGCCAGGGGCAUCGUAUGCUUCACUGCAGCCGUGGCGCUGAUUCUGCUGAGCGCGCGAGAAAGCAGGCGGUGGACUUCUCCUGAGUCAUCGUCUUUGUCCUACAGGGCCCUCGACGUGUAUGGAGCGAAGGGCUCGGACGCUGAGAGAACAGAAGAGGGCGGCGACGAGCUGGAGAGAAUACUCGAGAAGUGGACGAGUCAGCAUGGGGCCGAGGAGAAGCAAGACGCUCCAGGCAGAUCGACAGCACGCCCAGCGCAAGGGGAAGAUACAGAAGCGUUCAUCCCUUACUGGCACUGGGACGAAGAGAAUCUUGACGCUGGCAAGAUCGACCCAGGAAGGCGCGAGUAUUUCGAAUACAGGAUUCCAGCGGGAAAGCAGGCAGGAGAUUCAGUCGUAACAACGAUUCCGCAGGGGAAGAAGCAUGCGGGUGAACAGAUUGAGUUUGAAGUUCCCGAAGGCCUGAAAGGCGGAGACAAGGUAGAUGUGCGGAUUCGAGGAGGAGAUGUGACGUCGAUCGCUCCUCCUCCAUCAGUCGCUUUCAACAAGAGUUGGAGCUCAACACCUGCAGUUGUCAAUCUGACACAGGAAGUGGAGGAGUUGAAAGAAAAGUUGUUUAAUCAAAGAAUCAGGUACAUGCAGGAAAUUCAUGAUUUGGAGGAUGAAGGCAGGAGAAAUCAGGAGAAAAUGGACUCCAUGAACCAAACAAUACGGACAAAUCAAGAUCAAGACAUGAAUGUUUUGAAAAAAGUGUUGAGGAAACUUCGGGCAGCUCGUUCUCAACUUGAUUAUCAAAAUUCAGCCUUUGUUGAGAUGCUUUUUCGUCUCAUGUUUCGAACACCCGAGAACAAUUCUGCUAUUACAUCUUCAGAGAAGAACGCGUUGGAAGCAGCUUACGAUCUCUUCAAUAGCUCGGAAGCUCUUGCUGACAACAUGAAGCUCAUCGAAGACGCUCUAUCAAACUCUUCUAUUCUGCCUCGAAACUUGACAGGUGUGAUGAACAAAUUACACAGCUCCAACAUCACUUUGGUCAGUUUGGAAAGGCUGCGGAAUAUUCAAUAUCUGUUGCUGCAUGAUGACGAAGAGUUGAUGCAGUCCCUGAGCAACAAGGAAGAACUCGUGCACAAGAUUUCGAAUAGCAUAGAGGACACGAUGAGGAGAGUGUCGGAUGCGAGAAAAUUCAAACAAGCCUUACUUCGUGAGGAGGCUAGGGAUCAGGAUCUCAUGGCUACCGAAGACGGGAUUCUGUCAGAAGUGAUGAGAAUGAAAUCCCGUCUACUCUCAUCACGCUCAUGA